AAGUCUGUCUGCGGCUAAAACGACAUGUUAUUGGAAUUCCGGUAGUGGUAUUUGCGAAUAUGUAGAAAUGUGGCUUGCCAUUCAGUGCGUAGUCCACGUGACUCUAGGAUAGUCUCAUCCCCCCAAAUGUCGGAAUGCUAUUGGCCGGCCACCGAAGGCAUACUAGCACAAGUCGCAUAUUUGGAUUACCGUAUGUACCCGGCCAAAUCUGGCCUCAUCAAAGCUCUAGGGCCUCUCAAAGAUGGCAGCUGCCAGUCCCCUGCUUAGUAUUGAUUUCCUGUUGAAUCCUGCUUCAUCUGGAGUGGACCGUGCUGGGAACAUGGAAACGCUACAGGAAAAAAUAUUGCACCAGGGCUCUGAUCAUCGACGAGAAUGGCUUUUUGCAUCACACGACAAUUCCGCAGGCUGUAGAGUGGACACACCCAAGGCGCACUUUUGUCCAAUGGCGAUGUGCUCUAGACAGUUCGACGGCCUGGACGAGCUGCGUCGUCAUUAUUGGGCAUUUCAUUCGCGGUCGCAGGCAAGUGGGUGUUUACGGGGACGCUCCUCUUCUAAAAGUAAUGACAUACAAAAUCGCUACUACUGUCCUAUACUGCCUGCUCCUGUAAAGGAUCACCGAUGAUGCCCCGCUCGAAACCCGAUUUAUCGAGGAAACUUGGCCACCCUCCAUGUCCCACAGUAUUUUGUUUCGUUCAGUGGACAGGCAUGUGGUAGGACAGGAUUCAAUACCCAGAUCACUCUGGGUGACAGAAGGGGUUUUAUCUCUGAUGGAUACUUUCGCACUUUGUGUGUUAUUAUAUUAGUGUACUUCAAGUUCCCAUUCCCAGAAGAACCAAUGUCCAACAGCCCUAUAGUAACAAAGUUGCAAGACCUC